CUGCUCUCUCCUGUUUCCCCGUUCUGGUGAAUAAGCUGUUUCCCCCUACCUCCCCUGCCAGUUAGGGGCAGGAGCCGAUGAUGUUAAGAUCUGGUCCGUCACCUUUUGUGUAUGUUUUCUAUCCUAGAUUUGGUUUUGAUGGAUCUACUGCAAGUAUGGGAAGGGCACUGCUUCUCGUAUCGUCAUGGCUCCUCCUAGCCCCGCUGCUCACCCCUCCUGUCCCUGUGGUCACCGCCCCGCCGUGUUCCCUGUGUCCGGAAGGAGCACACAGGUUCCAGUGGAUCCGGAACCUGGUGCCAGAGUUUGGGAUCUCCAGCUCUCACGUCAAGGUGCUUUCGUCCCCGGCUGAAUUCUAUGAACUCUUGAAGGUGCAGAUAAAAACAGCCAAGCAGCGAGUGGUGAUGGCGUCACUAUACCUGGGAACAGGACUCCUCGAACAGGAGCUGGUGGAUUGCUUAGAAGAAACACUGGAGAAAUCAUUGCAAGCAAAAGAAUCACCAGACCUCAGAGUUUCCAUUCUUCUUGACUACACCAGGGGGUCUCGAGGCAGGAAGAACUCUCGAACAAUGCUAAUUCCGUUGCUGCAGCGAUUCCCUGAACGAGUCCGUGUUUCCCUCUUCCAUACCCCAAACCUGCGUGGACUUCUCAGGCUCCUGAUUCCGGAGCGUUUUAAUGAGACCAUUGGACUGCAGCACAUCAAGGUCUAUCUCUUUGAUGAUAAUGUGAUCCUGAGCGGUGCAAACCUGAGUGAUUUGUACUUCACCAAUCGUCAGGACCGCUAUGUUCUCCUGCAGGACUCUCCUGAGAUUGCAGACUUCUUCACGGAGCUAGUGGAUGCAAUUGGAGAUGUGUCUCUGCAAUUACAGCAGGAUGAUACAGUCCAGAUGAUGGAGGGGAUGGUACACCCCUACCAAGGAGACAAGGUGGCUUACUGUGAGACAGCAAAUCGAAGAGUCAUGGAAGUGAUCAACUCUGCCAGGACACGACAAGAACUCCUUCACGCAAAGACUUUCCACAGCAGCCAGCAAAGCAACUCCGCGUUAUCCCAGCAAGGCUCUCAAGCGUCUGGGGGUCUGAAACCAGAACCUGACACCUGGAUUUAUCCCUUAAUCCAAAUGAAACCUUUUGGGAUUCAAAUAGACGAGAUGGUCACAGAGACGCUGCUGACAGAGGCUGAACGGGACGCCAGGAUAUACCUCACCACUGGCUACUUCAACCUGACGCAGGCUUACAUGGACCUCAUUCUGGGCACUAGGGCAGAGUAUCGGAUUCUUCUGGCCUCGCCAGAGGUGAAUGGCUUUUUUGGUGCCAAAGGGGUGGCAGGCGCCAUCCCUGCUGCCUAUGUUUACAUAGAACACCAGUUUUACAGUGAGGUCUGCUACCUUCACCAAGAGGAGAGGGUCCAGCUGCAGGAGUACUCUAGGGCUGGGUGGACUUUCCAUGCCAAAGGCCUCUGGCUGUACCUGGCAGGAAGCAACCUUCCCUGCCUAACGCUGAUUGGCUCUCCGAAUUUUGGGUAUCGAUCGGUUCAUCGUGAUUUGGAAGCUCAGGUUGCGAUAGUGACAGAAAAUAAAGCUUUGCAGCAGCAACUCCAUCAGGAGCAAGAGCAGCUUUACCUCUGCUCAGGCGUAGUCUCAUCAUCAACAUUUGAGCAGCCAAAUCGGUAUGUGAAGCUGUGGGUGAAGCUAGUAACGCCUCUGAUCAAGAAUUUCUUUUGAAAGAAGAAAAGUUGCUGCUUUGGGUUAAAGGUCCAGACAUAGGUGGGACCUCGCAUCCGUGUCUUAUAGACAGGACAUUCAUAGACGUUCUUGGUGUCCAUGCGGUCCACAGGGAUGGCUCUGAUGAAGAUGACUGGCAUCAUCGGCGUCAACUCCUUCAGCCGAGCAUCUGUGAUAACCCCAGACGGGAUGUCCCAUCGAGCGCCUGCAAUAUUACAAAAUCAUUGUGGUACCAGCUACUCAAAGGCCUUUUCACUUAGAGGUGGCUGCUUUCGUAACUGUUAAUGGGUGGGAAGGAAUUUUUCUAGCAGCACAGUUCAGGGAUAAAGUGUGCAGGUUGGGUAACUGUGGCUUAGUAGUCGUUAGGGCUAACGUUAUCAUCUCGCUGUGACUCAUGAAUGCAUUUUGCCUUGCUGUGUGUGGGAUGUCUAAAUAAGUCGUGCCCCCACCCAUCCCUUCAGCACAGGUUUGCAUGGAAGGUGCAUAGCUGAAGGUAGAACUUGGCCAUGGUGGGGAACUACCAUAAGCUGUCUGGUGUGCUCUGUGCCCUUGUUUAAGUUGACCCUUUUGGUGCUCAGCUAAUACUACCAUCUCAUUCCCUCUCAUUUUUUUAACAGUAUUUUAGGUUCUGAGUUUCCUGAUUUGUCUUAUUCACACAUUAUAUAGCAGGGUAAUAUAUUUGUUCACUAGAAACGUGUAGCUUCAAACAACCCAGUCCUCAGGUUCAUACUAUGCAGUCUGCAUUUCCAGAAAAAAAAUUCUGGUUUGUGAAGCUCUGCUCGUAAACUGGAUGGGUGCUGCCCUCAGCUGGCGUGUGUCGGACACUAGCACGGAUAAAGGCUCCGCUGCUUGGAGCUUUUGCAAAAGCUGUACAAAUAAAAAUUUAGUAAGUUAUAGAGUAUUAACGCCUGCUCUGUUUGCAGUAAUUUUUUAGGCUGACCUGGGAUUUCUCUGUGCCUGAAACACCUCAUAAAGGAUGCAGUCUUUUACCUUCCAUGAAUAAUCCAUGUACAUAGGAGCCUUCUCUGGGUGGAGCUGUCAUAUCCUCACGGUUUUUCUUGGUCACUUCCACUGAAAGGCACAUCUUGUCCAGUGGCCAUUCAUUUUUUCUGGCCAUGGACUGCAUGAUAGCAGUGAGGAAAGACUGGGGAUUGAAGAAUCCUGCCAGCCACACUGUCGCAGGCAGCACAAAGUCCGUUGUCCAGACUUCUAGUUCCUGGAAAAUAAAACAGCAAAGUCCUUUAGAGUGAAGCAUGGCCUUUGGACAGUGGAGUACUGCUUUGACGUAACAAAGAUGUGCCUAAUGCACAAGCUUCAGGUAAUGGGUGGACUAGGAUGGAGUGGUCUUCGAUGGGUAAAUAUCAGAUUGCACUGCAGCAAUUAAACUUCAGCUGUUAAUUUGGGUUGCAGGAGAUACUGCUGCUAUUUCUUUUUAACAAGGCCACGCUUUAAAUACAUGGUUUUAUUAAACAUUUUUUCUUCUGGGACUUAAAGUUACUAUUGGGAUAUUUAAUGUUCUUUUAAAGCAGCGAUAUAUGCUAAUGGUGGGCCUUUUCAAACUUCUGCUCUCAUUCUUGGGGUAACAGUCCAUUUCAGAUACUUCAAACUGCUUAAAUUAAUGCUGAAAAAUAAAACAGUUAACCACUGCA